AAGCGCCAGUCAACCUGCCCCACUGUGUGGACGGACAUCGCCUCGGAUCUGCAGAGCACCUUCAUCUCGGACGGGGCAUGCACUGAUGACGCCCGGGCAGCCAUUCGAGCCGCAUUCCAUGACUGCUUCCCAGGCUCGUGCGAUGGCUCCCUCAUUCUGGCGAAUGAGUGUACGGACCGCGGCGAGAACGCCCAGAUAGUCGACAUCUGCAGUACCUUGGGAGACAAGGCGACAAGCUUCAAUGUCAGCACCGCCGACAUGAUCCAGUUUAGUGCAGCCGUAGCCAUUGCAUCCUGCUCCGGGGGACCCAUCACGUCCUUCUACGCCGGGCGAACCGACAGCAGCACGGCAAACCCGACGGGGCAACUCCCGGGCCCUAACGCGAACGCCAGCGCGCUCGUCAGCGACUUCGCCGCCAAAGGCUUCUCCAUCACCGAGCUCGUCGCGCUCGCCGGCGCGCACACAAUCGGCAAGCAGCUGGAUGGCUCCGCCAUGGAUUCCACAGUGGCAAACUGGGACUCGGGCUUCUAUACCGAGGUCGCGGACAACACCGCUCCGGAUCCGCUGAACAGCGAUCGCUUCUUGAGCAAUUCGAGCGAGACGAGCGGGCAGUGGAGCAGUGUGGGCGCAAGCAGUACCAGUUUCGCUGAUGCGUUUGUGCCUGCGAUGGAGAAGAUGAGUUUGUUGGGUAAUGAUAAGGCUAGCCUGACAGAUUGCUCGAGUGUGGUU